CGCGUUUCCUGCAGUUCCAGUCCCUCGAUUCUGGACAAAUUCUGGAGAGGGCCAUCGGCCAAGCUCGCGGUGUACCCGGCCGAUGAAACGAAGCCAUGGCUUCGCCAAAGACGACUUCGUUUCAGGUGCAGAUCAACGCGGCACAGAAUCUGCACAACACCGACACGUUCGGGAAGAGUGACCCGUACUGCGAGAUCGAAUACAAAGGUGACAAGAAGAAAACAGAAGUCAAAGAGAAUGAGCUGAAUCCAGUAUGGGACCAGACAUUUAGCUUUGACCUCGGAGGGAAGGCACUCGACCCAUCAGACAACUUAACAGUCACUGUUAAGGACUAUGAACGUGUUGGCAGGAACAGGUUACUGGGGGAGAGUGUGGUUCCCCUGCGGGAUGUGGUAUCGGCGCCGAGUCACUCCUGUGAGCUGAACCUCACCCUGCAGGACGGAAACAAGCGACCCACCAUGGCCUCCAUCAGUCUGAGGAUCUCAUACCAGCCACCUGCGCAGGAAAAAGCACCUGAAGCACCUGCUGCAGAGGAAAUUGCAGAAGGUGGAGAGGAGGGAGACCUAACCUAUGGUGAAGGAGGUACAGAAGAGACUCUGCAGGAAGAAGGAGGUGUGGUCAGCACAAAGGGUGGCAAACCCUCCAGGGGAGCUGCUAGGAGGAAAUUGCCUGGCAAUUUGUCCAAUAAACCCAUGGACUUCCAGAUUCGAAUCAGGGUCCUAGAGGGACGACGGAUUGCAGGGUCCAACAUAUCUCCUGUCUGUAAAGUCACUGUAUCCAAUCAAUCCAAGCAGACCAGAGUCAAGAAGAAUACAGACUGUCCUUUCUAUGAUGAGCUUUUCUUCUUUAACUUCCACGAGUCCCCUGCUGAACUCUUUGGAGAUAUGAUAGAAAUUCAGGUGUUCAACUCCCGCAAGCUUCGCUCAGAUGCUUUCAUCGGUUCCUUCAAGCUGGAUAUAGGGGUAGUCCACAGACAACCUAACCAUGCCUUCCUUCGCCGCUGGGUUCUGUUGAGUGACCCCGACGACCCCACCGCUGGUGCCAAAGGGUACAUCAAGAUGUCCAUGAUUGUGCUGGGGCCUGGAGAGCAGCCUCCGUCUGAGAAAGCAGAAGGCGAGGCAGAAGUUGAUUCUGAUGACAUUGAAUCUAACCUCCUGCGCCCAGCUGGUGUGGAGCUCCGCCCCGCCACCUUUAUCUUCAGGGUGUUCCGAGCAGAGGACAUACCACAGAUGGACACAUCAGCAAUGCAAGGCAUCAAGAAGGUGCUGGGUGUUGGUGAGGUGAAAAAAGAGUUGGUGGACCCUUACAUGGAGGUUCACUUUGCAGGACGAAAGGUUAACACCAAGACUUUGUAUAAUUCUGACCAUCCCGAAUGGAACCAGGAGUUACGACUAGGCAUGCGCUUUCCUUCCAUGUGUGAGGUCAUCAAGCUGCGUAUUAAAGACUGGGACCGCGUCAGCGCUGACGACACAGUCGGUACAGGCCUCCUGAACCUGUCCAUGGUGUCCUGGCCUGGUGAAGAGGACGGAUUCCUGCCUUGCUUUGGUCCCUGCUUCCUCAACAUGUAUGGUUCUGUUCGUGAGUUUCGGACAUUGCCAGAUGAAUUUGAUGACCUGAACUUGGGAAAGGGUGAGGGCGUUGCCUACCGUGGUCGUGUCAUGGUCGAACUACGGACAAUUCUGGGAGAACUUCCUGACCCCAAGCAGUCUGUAGUGGACAUCACUCCAGAGGAGCUGAUGGUAGUGGAGGGCUUUCAGCGCUGCCGUAAGUACCGACUACUUGGAAUCUUCAUGGACGCCUCCAUGAUCUGUGAGAUGGAAGCUCCGGUGGAGUUCGAAGUCAGCAUCGGUAACUAUGGCAACAAACUGGACACCAACAUCCCACCUUCCUCGUCAACAACCCAGCCCACAAAUGCAGUGUUCGACGGCUGUAAGUACUACUUCUUACCGUGGGGCAGCACCAAGCCGGUCGUCGUCGUCACGUCGUUCUGGGAGAACAUCAGCUGGAGACUAGAGGCCCUCAACAUGUUACACAAGAUCACAGAAGCACUGGAAGGCGACCUGAUGAAGAUAAACAUGGGCUUGAAGACUAGGAUGAAUCGAGCAGAGCUGACCUCCUACUGUGUAGGGAUGCUGGACAGGCUCAUUGCAAGAUGCAAAAAGCAAUUACCAGUACCGCAGGCAGAAAAGGGCCACCGUGACACAGAACUUGACAGGAACAUGGGGAAAAUGAGGAGGAAACAGUUGGACAACAUAGUCGCCGAGGCCCAGGCACUGAGGGACAAGGCUUUAGAACCAGAGGAGGUGUUGGCAGCAGCCAUGGAAUACUGCCAGACACUCAAGGACAUCAGUAUUGAGCCCCAAAACAGCAUCCCUGAUGUGAUGAUCUGGAUGAUUACCGGAGGGAGUCGGAGAGCAUACUGCCGCAUCCCAGCCCACCAAGUCCUGUUCUCCACCAACCCUGGCUGCACAGGAAAGUACUGUGGACAGCUGCAGACAAUUACACUCAAGUACCCUGGUCACAAGCAUGGCAAGACGGACAUCCCCGCCCUCCUGAGGGUGAAACUAUGGCUGGGGUUACAGACCGACCAGGAGCACUUUGACCCCGGGACGACCGAGGGGGAAGUGGCCGUGUUCGCGGAAACCUACGAGAACGAAACCAAGGGACUGCUGGGGGACUUCAGCGCCAGUAAGACCUUCCGUCCCCAUUGGUCAGAUGCAAGUGGAGACUUGAAGCUUAAGAAGGACAGUUUUGUCCCCCCUGACGGUUGGGAGUGGGAUGGGGAGUGGUUCAUCAACCCUGAACUCAGCUUGCUGUUUGACAGAGACUCCGGCCAUAAGAACUUCUUGGAAGACAUCUACGAGAACCAGAACCGUAUCCCAGGGGGCCACUGGGUGGAAGCAACCACAUCGUGGUCGGACAUCCGCGGAGAUACGUGUCCAGCCAGGGAAGAGACAGAACUCCCAGAGGGCUGGGAAUGGGAGGAUGAUUGGCAGAUGGACCUCAACAGGGCUGUGGAUGAGGAAGGUUGGGAGUAUGCUGUGGAGUCCACUCUAUUGGGCUGGAGCCCCGUGGAGAGAACCUACCACAUGUGCAGGAGGCGACGCUGGGUCCGCAAACGCACCUCUGUUGAGGACCAUAAAGCUCUUGCCAAAAAGCAAAAAAUGGCGCAGGCCAAAACAGAAGGGUGGGAGUAUGCCCCUCUGUUCACCAUGCGUUUCCACGUGAAGAAGCGUAAGAUGGACAUGGUGCGCCGACGACGCUGGCAUCGGAAGAUGACUGCACAAGACAACUCUGCGACUGCCAUUUUUGCCAUUGAAAGUAACAGAAUGAAUCCUGAUGAUGAUGACAGUGAUGAUGAAGAUGAACCCAAAGCUGUCGCUGCACCAAGAGUCUUCCUCAGUUAUGACAAACCUCACAAGUACCAGCUUCGUUGUUACAUCUAUCAGGCAAGAGACCUGUUAGCUGCAGACAAGGACAGCUCCUCAGAUCCCUUUGCGAGUGUGAGUUUCCUGACCCAGAGUCAGGAGACAGAGAUAGUGAAGCAGAAGCUGAGCCCAGUGUGGGACCAGACGCUGCUGUUUGAUGAGAUCGAGAUCUACGGCGACCCUGCCAACAUGGAGCGUGCACCCCCACAUGUGGUAGUGGAGCUGUUCGACCAUGACAGCUUCGGUAGUCCUGAGUUCCUGGGCCGAUCUGUAGCCACACCGAUGGUCAAACUGAACACUGCCGACUCCCGAUCCCCCCGACUGGCGUGGUUUCCCGUCAUGAACGGUACCAGACAGUGUGGGGAGCUACUGGCCACCUUCGAGCUCUACUUGGCUGAUGAUGAUGAGCUGCCAUUCCUCCCACCCAAACGUGGUGAGGUGUACAGUGUUCCCCCAGACAUCAGACCUCUCAUGCAGAGGACGGCUAUAGAGGCUGUAUGCUGGGGAGUUCGGAACAUGAAGAAGUACCAGCUCUCUAAUGUCAACUCCCCAAGUGUUCAGGUGGAGAUCGGAGACACCCAAGAGACAAAAGUCAUCAAAAGUCUCAAGAAAAACCCAAACUUCGAUGAGCCUCACCUAUUCUUUGAUGUGUAUCUGCCUAAAGAGGACCUCUACAUGCCGCCAGUCAACAUCAAGGUCUUCGAUAACCGGCAGUUUGGCCGCAAACCACUGGUCGGUGUCCACAUGGUGCGGUCACUACGGGACUUCAUGGCGGAGACAGCAGGCCAGCUGGCAGAUUCUACAGAACCUGCAGUGCUGCCAGCCACCAUGGAUAACAUUUCUCUUGAGAUUGAGGGUCCGUCUGACCAGACCAUCCCACAUGAGAAGGGAGGAUCCGCGACAGAGGGGAUGGACUGGUGGUCGAAGUUCUAUGCCUCCCUUGGUGGGGAGUAUGCAGACAAGUGUGGAGAUUACCUACAGACUGGACUGGACACCAUACAGGUGUACCCCCAUGAGUUGGAGAAGGCAGAGCGGUACGGUGGGUUCCGUGACUUCUGCAGCACCUUCCAGCUGGCACGAGGGAAGGCUGAUGAGGAUGAGGAGGCUGAAGAGGUCGUGGGAGAGGUCAAGGCCACUUUUCGGAUCUACCAGCUACCGCCGGAUCCUAAAGCCGAUCUGCCACCGCGGUUGUUGGGGAACCUCCCCGGUACUGGAGCGGAGGAGUGCCUGAUCAGGAUCUAUGUAGUACGAGGCAUGGACCUUCAGCCACAGGACCAGAACGGCUUGUCGGAUCCGUACAUCAAGAUCAAGUUGGGAAAGAGCAAGAUAAGUGACAGAGACAACUAUAUCCCCAAAACACUGGAUCCCGUCUUUGGCAGAAUGUACGAGAUGACAGCGACCAUUCCUGUGGAGAAAGACCUGACCAUCACCGUGAUGGACAUGGACCUCAUCAGUUCAGACGACCUGAUUGGUCAGACCAUGAUUGACCUGGAGAACCGGCUGUUGUCCCACCACCGGCCAGCCUGCGGGCUGCCCAAGACAUACUGCAUAAGCGGCCCCAACAAAUGGAGAGACCAACAAGACCCCAAGACAAUCCUGGAGAGCCACGCACGGCGUCGUAACCUUCUUGGGCCGGAGUACGAAGGAACCAACCGACUUAGGCUGGGCAACAGGGUCUACAGUCUGGAGCAGUUUGGUGGAUGGCAGGCAUGGAGGAAAAGAAGCAAAGCACAGAUGUCCACUACAGGUCGUUGGAUGGCGAAGGAAACUUCAACUGGCGCUACAUCUUCCCAUUCGAGUACCUCCCAGCUGAACAGGCCGUGCACAUUUCGGAGAAGGAACACUUCUGGAGUCUGGAUGAGACAGUUACUCAGGUCCCUCCCAGACUCACCGUGCAGGUCUGGGACAAUGACAAGUUCUCCUUUGAUGAUUUCCUUGGCCAGUUGACCCUAGAUCUACACAAGAUGCCAAUCCCCACCAAGACAUCAAGAAAGUGUGGCGUCAAGCAGCUACAAGGAGGCAAAACUGUGGACCUGUUUGAGCAGAAGAAGUGCCGCGGAUGGUGGCCGGCUUAUCUCAUAGACAAGGACACCCAGGAGAUGACUCUUACAGGAAAGUUGGAGAUGACAGUUGAAGUCAUUCCUGGAGAGGAGGUAGACGCACGGCCUGCUGGGAAGGGUCGAGAUGAACCCAACAUGAACCCUAAGCUGGAUGACCCCCAACGUCCCGAGACCUCCUUCCUCUGGUUCACCUCUCCCUUUAAGACGUUCCGUUACAUCGUCUGGAAGAACUACAAGUGGUGGUUCAUCAUCGGCCUGAUCCUCAUCAUCAUCAUCAUCCUGGCUGUCAUCUUCAUCUACUCCUUCCCAAGUUUCGCUGCUAAGAGACUGGUCGGUGCCUAAUGACAACUGGAUAUUUUCUCAGGCCUACCUUUGGGAAAGGGUAAGAAGAAGACUGGUAAAAAAACAGAACAUAAGAACACACUUGUAAACUAGGAUAAAGGAGUAUAAUUAAGCACCUACACUGUACACCAAACUUUACCAUACAUUUCAUUGACUUAAGUGUAUUUUUGGUUUAGGACCUUCAUGGCAAUACAUUUACAUUGUACCAUGUUAUUAAAAUGUACCAGUGUCUGUUUUUAUUAGUGUAACAAAGAAUUCUAAAAGCAAUGAAGCGUACAUUCACAUACAUUGUGCAGUAGAUUGCAGUAGGUUAUAGAUAUUCAAAGAAAUAUUCAAGUUAGACCUUCAAGAUAAAAGAAAGCAUUAUAAGUGGAGAGUACUACGUACUACUGUUUAUAGUUGCACAAUGGUGCAACCUUUGAUGGUGCAACCAACAAGCCGCAUUUUAACAGGGACAGAGACAACCAGAAAGCAUUGGAUGUAGAACGAUCCUUGCCAGAUUAUCAGAAAACCAUGGAGAUCAUUGAGCUCUCACUGAAAGUUUACUGAAAGAUUACUAGAAGUAUUUGUAACGUUUCUGGAUGCUGAAUUUCAAUGGUCUAUCAACAGUCUUUGCAAGCUGUAUCUUUAUUGGCACCAUUGUGGAAACUUGGUUGAAGUUUUACCUCUCAGUCAGUGUUCUGUAGUGUUCUGGAAUACAUAUAUUAUGUAGGAUCUAGUUUCAUCCUGUAGAUUCAACAACUUUCUACAGAAUCUGUUGAACUCAAGACCAUGGUCACAGUCAUCGUAGGUCAUCGCGCAGUUUCCUUGCCAUGAAAUUUUAUGGCAGGCUAUGAUCUAAGACAGCCUUCAAGAUAUCAACAAUCCAGCUGUAUUAUGCAUGAUGCAUACAUGCCCAUCCCUAGAAUUUUCUUAGUUUACGAUGGUACAUGUACAACACUUGCAUGGCGUAUGUGACCAGACCCUAAACGCCCAUUUCUUCUGGCUACUGGUGGCAAUAUUAUUCUGACUGCUGAAUGUUUUGUAAGAAGUGCCUUUUUAUGAAGAGUGUGAUGUAAUGUAAUGUUAUAGCUAAACUGGAGUGAACAUAGUUUAAGGGAAACAGAGAUGUGGAUAUUUGGAUUUGACAAAAAUGUGCAAAAUUACAUCUAUGCAUUUUGAAUGUACAGUCAUGUAUCUGAAGAUAACAAAAUGACAGUACAAAACCAUUUGUUCAUUUUCCAUCGCAUUGCCUUUAUCAGAAUAUCUACUGUUACAUGAAUGUUGUGUUGAGUAUUUUACCAAAGAAGCUCAAUACAGGAUAGAAUAUAUCAUUUCACAUAUAAGAAUACUGAAGAUGAACAUUUCUGUGAAAGUUUACUUUUGUGUUAUGUGAUAGUUUUUAACUGCAGAUUCUAUCUAAAUCAAUCACUAAAGCACAAUAUUGAAACAACCACGUAAAUUGAGUUACUUGUUGUAGUGAUGUCUUCACUAUGUUAUGUCUGAUGUCUGGUCUUUUUACACAUGUAUUAAACAAGUUAUUUAGAGUUUUAGGGAAAUAGCAGUGGAAGUAUCAGUUUUCUGACCACUGUGGAGUUUUAUUCUUACUCUUAGUAUUAGAUUUUAUCCACUAUUUUAGGUAUGUAGUAUUACCUAUUUGUCUUUAUGGCAGUGAAUAUUUCAUGUUUUUAAUGUUACAAUCCAGAUCAUGAAGGAAGUGAAGAAUUCUUAGAUGAAUAUGCAUGAUUUCAAGUUAAAAAGUGAAAAAUUGUGUGCCAAAAUAGCUAUAGUUAAUGCAAGAAAUGCCUGAAUCUCUUUAUAGUUAUUUAAAAUCAUCCACUAUUAGCAAACUUCAUUUCAGGUAUGCUAGCAUAAUGAAUAAAGCAGCCUUCUUCAACCA